ACGUUCCUGCUUUCAGGUGGGUCACGAAGGCGGCUCCGAACGGACACGCACGUAGUUAGAUCUUGAGACGCAGGCCUGUACGAUCUCCCUCGUCCCCGUGACCAUGGCAGUGUUCCACGACGAGGUGGAGAUCGAGGACUUCCAGUAUGACGAGGACUCGGAGACGUAUUUCUACCCUUGCCCGUGUGGUGACAACUUCUCCAUCACCAAGGAAGAUUUGGAGAAUGGGGAAGACGUGGCAACGUGUCCUAGCUGUUCUCUCAUUAUUAAAGUGAUUUAUGACAAAGAUCAAUUUAUGUGUGGAGAAACAGUUGCAGCUCCUUCAGCCAGCAAAGAAUUAGUUAAAUGCUAGGAAGCCAUCAGGAAGUCACAUCUUGAACAGAGGAAUGAACCCCGAUGGACAUAGCAAGUAGACAGUGACCACCUUGUCACAGGACAGCUAUUUCACGUUGCUGUCUCAUUCAUGUGGCUCUUUUCAUCAGCUGCUGAGUUCAGCAGAAAAUACAAAAGUGAGCCUCUGGAAAUCAUACUUAGACCUUGGAAUUGGAAGGAUUCCUAAUUAUUUAUCUGAACUUUAAGGAAGAUCAUUUGGAAUCAGUGCUUUCUCAUUCUACCAGGAGCACCAUUGUGAUAUCUUAAACCUAAUUCAUUAUCUGGUAACAUUGCCAUCUACCUCAGCCAUUAAAGUUUUUUAAUUUAAAAGAUAAUAUUUUUGACUUGGUUAGUACAAUGAUUAAAACGAGCCCAUUCUUUGAAGUUUUACUUCAGCUUGGUUCUAAACUCAUAGAGCCUCUCAGCACUGUGUUUCUGGUUCCCUCCGCACCGUCUCCUCAGUGUCGCCAUCCCUGGCUUGCUCACGUGCUCACUCGAUCACUUGUUACGCAUCACGCACACAGUUCUGUCAUGGAAUUGAACUGUUGACUUGAGAAGCCAAAAUUCUCCAUAGCUGUCAGAGAAACAAGAGAAGUCUAAAAUGAAGUGGCCACAGAAAUAAAGUCACCAGUAUUCUACAGGCUCCUUAAAGUCAGGACAGGAUAACAAAGGACGUGAGUGCAGUUGGCAGCACUGAGAGGCAUGAACACUUCUGACUUGGUAAAAGUGCUUGAGCAAUUUUUGCAAUUUUGCCAUAUCAGAAAAGCAUUUCAAAAAAAAACAAAACAAACAAAAAACCAAGUAUUUCUGCCUCUGCAACAGAUUACGAGCUUGAAAAUGGGAAAUCAGCUGUGACCAUAAGGUCACACCUCACAAGCCUUCACAGUGGGUGGCGGAGAGAUGCUGCCCUGGAGAAGGGAAGGGCACCUUGCUGGGCUGUCACUCUUCCUUCGCUGCAAUGCCUGGAGUAGCAAGAAGUUAGAAUCUCUUCAGUGGAAAUGCGGCAGUUGUGUUAUAAACACAAUGUUGCUGUGUAUAUGUAAGGAUUUGGAAAUGCAUUUUAUCUGACACAUU